GUUCUUAGUUGUUUCUUCGAGUCGAAACAACCAUUCCUUAAACGUUUGACCAUUUGACCAGUUUCAAACCUCGUUAUAACCGAGACACAACAUAAUUCGAAGACUAAUAAGAAUGAAGCUGCUCCUGCUGUUAUUGUCGUGUAUUUGUUUGGUACAAUGUGGCCCAACGAAGAAGCAAACUCGUGAUCAACAAGCCGAAAGUUACGAAUACGAAUAUGCCCGAGAACCACCAUUAGCACUUGCCGAUUCCGGUCCAUAUGCUAAGGGCGGCCCUCUCCUGCCCGCACCUUCGCUUCCUCGUGGUCCACCUCAUCCAGGUUUCAGCGUUGGUGGUUCCUUAGUUACCAUUGCAGCAGGUGCAGCGGAACAAGCUCAUACGCAACUAAAUAAUCAGCAAUCCGCUGCUGGACAAGCUGCAUUCGUCGCGAAGAACACUCUGGCUCAAGCCGCUGCACAGUCGGCGGCUACCGCAGCUGCGGCUCUUACCGGCAAACAGAUCGUAGUCCAGGGAUUGGAGCAACAAUCCAGAGACGCCCAUGUGGCGGUAGACGGUGAAAACUUGCAACUGCAGCAAGCCGAACGUUCUGCGAGUGCAGCAAGCACCACUGCCAAGCAAGCUAUGCACCAGUUGCAAGUAGCUACGGCAGCCUUGAACGCUGCACAGGCAACUGCCGACCGCGCAGCGCAGGCAGCAGCAGAGGCUGCAGCAGAGCUUGCAGCGCAAACGACUAUGGUCGGUCAAGCAAAGGCAAGGGCAGAAUCUGUCGACGAACAACUGUCCGCUGCUCGUCUCGACUACGAAACCACCCAAGGUGCCGCUGCAAAAGCUGCGACUGCUGCUGCAGCCGCUCAGAACAAUGCUGCCGCUGCAGCCGCCCACGUGGCUGAUAACGCUGCUUCAUCUGCGCUGUUGACUCACGGACCAGUCAACCCUGCACCAGUACCCAAGCUUCCACCUCAACUUCCACCUCUUCGGGAAUCUGCUGUUCUCGGCUUACCUGCCGGUCUCCAUGAAUCAAGUCCUCUUCUUUCACCCCCAGCGUAUCAAACCGAUGCCCUUCACGCACCUGGUCCAUUACCCCCUGGUCUUCAUCAAAUGGAUACCCUUCGUUUACCUGCUGCGCUCCAGCAAGCUGUUGGGCUUCACGAAUCCGAUGGUCUCCGUUUACCUGCUUCUCUCCAGGAAAUCUCUGCUCUUCGCGGUCUUUCAUCAGGAUUGCUUCACGAUAGUGCGGCACUCCAAUCACCAAGUGGCCUCCAUCGUUCGGAACUACUUAGUCUAGCCAAUGCUUUACCUACCGAUAGUUAUGAUAAAGGUUAUCGAUACUAGACUGCUUUGAAUCGAAUCGAGUUGAACGUUUUAGUGGAACCUAGUACUUGUUACCGUCUUUAUUCGGGAGUAAUGAAAUAUUAUGUUCCAUGUGUCAGACUGUGAAAUAAAAUAUCGUUCGUAUCUCCAAUAUUUCUCGUUCCAUCUUUCUCACUUUUUCCUUUUAAAUUUGCAAUUAGCAGG